UCGUACAUACGUCUCGCACGCACCAACACAACAAAUCCCUCGCAACGCCGCAACCCGCGGAGCGCGAGCACAAAGCCCCGCGCCGGAGAAGACCAGCACAAGCACGGACGAAACGAAACGGAGGUGGUCAUCGUUGGUUGCUCCGGUCGAUCGGAUGGCGGGGGAAAGCGGGCGCAAGGUCGGCGUGGCCAUGGACUUCUCGGCGAGCAGCAAGAAGGCGCUGCAGUGGGCGGCCGACAACCUCCUCCGCCAGGGCGACACCCUCGUCCUCCUCCACGUCCAGCACCACGGCCGCAACGAGGCCAAGAACGCCCUCUGGUCUCACACCGGAUCACCGUUGAUCCCGCUCGAGGAGCUCAUGGAGACGGCGGUGAGGCAGCGGUACGACAUACCGUCGGACGGCGAGGUGUUCGACAUGCUCAACGCCGUGUCUCGGGAGAAGGGGCUGUCCGUUGUGCUGAAGAUGUACUGGGGAGACCCGAGGGAGAAGGUGUGCGAGGCGGUUGGGGAGCUCAAUCUCGAAUCGCUCGUCAUGGGCAGCCGUGGCCUCGGCCAGAUCCAGAGGAUUCUGCUGGGAAGUGUGACCAACUAUGUGCUGUCGAAUGCAUCUUGCCCUGUGACUGUCGUCAAGGCAAAGUAAUCGAUGCUCUUACAGCAAUGCAAGCCUACACCCGGGACAGAAACAUUCCAAUGUAUACUGCGUGCUGUGUCCCGACUUUGUCACCUAGAAGCAACUGCAGUGCUAUUUCAUUUGCAGUUGUAUUGUAUGUCUGUAUAGUUGAAUAAUCCUGAAUGUGUUUCUUCGCGGCUUGCCUAGUUCUCCCUGUUGUACCUGAAAUCUGUAAUACAUGUCAGUUUCUGAACAUAUUACUGCCAUCUUUGAAAGAAAGACAGAUAGCCCAACACUGACAGGCACGCUCUGUAUAUUUAUGUGUACAUCUGCAUUAGUAACGCUGGGAA